ACCUUUUUACAGUGAAAAUGGCAGCAUCCAAGAAAAUGAAUGUGAAUCCAGACCUAGCAAAGGAACGAUCUAAGGCGACGUUUGAUGUGGAACAAUUGACAUAUGCUCUUUACCUUGGAAAGGAGAGGACAGAAAGAAAGCGAUACCUCGAGGACCUAGCUGUUAACGAUCCAGUGAUCAAGGAAUGCAAACCCUGGGCGUUUUGUUCCAGAGAAGAGCAGUAUGAAAUGGCCCUAAAGAAACACAUCCACAUUGCCAAGCAGAUCAAGUUACUUGGUUUCACUGACGAAUGGGACCAAUACUUCUACACAGAAGCUGCAGCAUGUCACGAAAACAGUCCUAUAGGUCUUCAUAGCAGCAUGUUCCUGCCAACACUGCGGAAACAGGCGUCAGAGGACCAGAAGAAAAAGUUCCUACCCUUGGCUGAAAACAUGACCAUCAUUGGAACCUACGCACAAACAGAGCUAGGGCAUGGUACCUUCAUUCGCGGCCUCGAGACUACAGCGACGUAUGAUUCCAAAACCCAAGAAUUUAUUCUCCACUCUCCCAGUUUAACAUCCAUGAAAUACUGGCCUGGAAACUUGGGGAAAACAGUGAACUUCUGCAUCAUAAUGGCACAACUUUACACAAAAGGGAAAUGUCAUGGAAUCCAUACGUUCUUACUGCCGUUACGUAACCUACAGACCCACCAGUCUCUACCAGGAAUUGAGCUAGGUGAUAUUGGACCUAAAUUUGGCUACGGCACGAAUGAUAAUGGCUACCUCCGGCUGAACAACGUACGGAUCCCACGUGAUUAUAUGCUGAUGCGAUACUCCAAGGUCCUGGAGGAUGGGACCUACGUAAAGCCGCCUAACUCUCGCCUAUCUUACGGUUCAAUGACUCUGAUCCGUGCUGCCAUUGUUGGUGAUUCGUCACGUGGGCUGGCGCAGGCAUGUACCAUCUCCAUCAGAUAUAGCGCAGUCAGACGACAGACCGAAGUCUAUCCAGGAGGACCAGAGGCCCAGAUUAUGGAUUAUCAGACACAGCAGUACAAGUUAUUCCCCUUGUUGGCCACUGCGUAUGCCUUCCAUUUCACAGCGCAAAUGGUGUAUGGGAUAUAUCUACAGGUCACAAGCCAGAUAGAGGAAGGAAACCUCGACCAGAUAGGGGAGCUCCAUGCCCUAUCAGCAGGUUUGAAGGCAUUCACAUCUUGGGAGUGUUCCUUGGGGAUAGAGGUGUGCAGAAUGGCCUGCGGUGGUCAUGGUUACUCUCAUGCCAGCGGCCUCCCGAAAAUCUAUGUUGACCUGACUCCAGGAUGUACCUACGAAGGGGAAAACACAGUCAUGAUGCUACAGACUGCAAGGUACCUGAUGAAAUGUUUUGCCAAAGUUGAAAAUGGAGAAAAGCUACCUGGAUUUGUAUCCUAUCUCAACACAGACCUGUCUGCCAAAUCGUGUAUGAAGUCUGAUGUCGCUCUUGACUGUCUGGUCCAGGCAUACGAGCACAGAGCAGCCAGAUUGGUGCAGGUUGCGGCCAGGAACAUCAAGAGGCUGGUUGUGGAGGAAGGUCAGAGUCAGCAACAAGCUUGGAACAAUACAGCACAACAGUUAGUGUGGGCAUCACGGGCUCACUGUCACACCUAUGUUGUCAAGGCGUUUGUUGCCAUGGUAACAGAGAGUAACUUAGACGACCAGGUGCUGAACGUCCUAACAUCUCUAUGUAAACUCUACGCUGUACAUGGCGUUAUGGAACACCUUGGAGAAUUUAUACAGGACGGAUACCUGAGUACCAGCCAGGUGGAGGCUGUGACAGGUAAACUAAUGGCACUCAUGAAGGAGAUACGUCACAACGCCGUCGCUCUCGUGGACGCCUUCGACUACCCCGACGCUCUCCUCAGCUCGUGUCUCGGUCGCUACGACGGCAAUGUGUACCAGGCCCUGUACGACUACGCUAAGUCAUCUCCCCUUAAUCAGAAAGAUGUAAGUUGAUGGAAAUGAUCAGAAUGUGUUGCUGUAUAGGUCAGCCAGUUUACAAAUCAGUAUACACCCACUGUAUGCCUCGUUUUGAUAUGACAAAGUCAGAUAUUUGCAUUGCUGUUCUGGUCUAAAUUCUUUUAGUUUAGUUUUCAUCCAGUACCAUAAACAGUCUAAUACAUGCAAAACUGGAUAUUUGAAUGGCAGCAUGCAUAU